UGGGAGAGACCGGAGCAGCAUUCACUCGCGUCUCCGUCUCUGUGUGCGAACAGCAUCUGUCAACUCCCCGGACCAACUCAUUACAGCGCACAAAGAGGGAGAAAGACACCUGCUACAGAUGCGAGAGAACACAACACACUUUAUAGCGCUAUGCGAUGAAUCAACCACCAGUGCUUGAGGAACAACGAUCUGAGAAACAAGGACAGACGCCUGGCAUCACUGGGCAACUCGAUCUGGAGGCGCACCUGAGUAUACUCCAAAGAUCUCAUUAGUCUGUGAUGAGCAUCAUCAUCCAGCUCAGACCUAAGACAGCGCCACAUAUCCUCUAAGAGGAAGUGAUGUCACGACACCAUCACCGCUUUGAGAGAGACUAUCGAGGCCCCUGGGAUCGUCGUGACCGAGCCAGCGGCCUUCACAAUGGCGUGGGCAACAGCACCUGCUCCCCGCCCGUGGCCAACGGCAACAACCGUCCAGGACUCCUCCCACUCCCGGUCAUCCCUUCCCUCCUGCCCACCCCCGUGACCAUCGCCGUCACGUCGGCCAGCAACGACCUCGCCGCCAAGCGCUCUGGAGCCCCUUCGUCCGCCACGGCACCUGUUGUGAAGGCGGCAGGUCUUUCUCCCGGUGAGACGCAGACUCCGAGUCUCCUGUUGGCUCCUGGAGUGAGAUGGGGCCAGACCCCCAUCAACCAGUCCACCCCGUGGGAGACCGACGAGCCCCCCACCAAGCAGCACAGAGAGAGUGACACCACAGGUAUGUGUACCUCUGGCCCCCCAUGGGUGCCUCCAGUGGUGGCGGCCAGUCAGCCCAGCCUGCUGGCUCAUUCGUACGGGAUGCCACAGCCACCCAUCUACAGCCAAGGAGUGUCCGUCCAGUCUCCCAUCAUCGGCGUGACCCCAGCCAUCCAGACGCCCAUCCCCCCACACCAUCCGCUCAUGACCGCACACUUCCAACUUCCUCCCCUCGCAUCCCAACAGCCAGGCAGCCUGGUCCUCAACCUACAGAACCAGUCGCCCUACGCCACUAGCCAACCGCCAAUCACCCCGUCGCCCCUGACGUCGGCCGGCCAGGUAGUCCACCCCGCCCCUCAGAGUGUGGUGGGAAACGGUCACAUGACGCACCCGCUCAUACAGCCUCCCACUUUGCCUUCCGCCGCAUUGCCACUAACGAACGGGCAAGCGACGACUCAGCCGACGCCGGCCUCUGUAAAUCAGGAAAGUCCGAACGGGCUUCAGAUGCUCCGUACGGUCGGAAUGGGGAAGUACGAGUUCACAGACCCGAGUCAUCCAAAAGAGAUGUUGAAGGAGUUGAACCAGCAGCGCAGAGAGAAAGAGUUUACAGACCUGAAAAUUAUAGUUGAAGGCAAAGAAUUUGAAGUCCACCAAAAUGUUCUAGCUUCCUGCAGCUUGUAUUUCAAGGACCUGGUGAAAAGGUCGUCUAGAGAGACGGGGAGUGGAGAGAAGCUGGAGCUGAAGAUGACUAACAUUGGAGCAGAUGUGCUGGAGCUGCUGCUGGAGUUUGUCUACACCGGCUCGCUGGUCAUCCACUCGGCCAACGCCAAAACCCUGCUAGAGGCCGCCAACAAGUUUCAGUUCAACACCUUCUGCAAAGUCUGCGUGUCUUUCUUAGAAAAGCAGCUGACUGCAGCAAACUGCCUGGGGGUUCUGGCCAUGGCUGAGGCCAUGUGCUGCACGGAGCUACACAACAUGGCCAAGGCCUUCGCCCUGCAGAACUUCCCUGAUGUGGCGGGACAAGACGAGAUCCUCAGCAUCUCCAAAGAAGACCUGAUCAACUACUUGUCCAAUGACAGCCUGAACACCAAGGCCGAGGAGCUGGUUUAUGAGACCGUCAUCAAGUGGAUCAAGAAGGACCCAAUCAGUAGAGUGCAGCACAUAUCUGAAUUGCUGGCCGUCGUUAGACUUCCAUUCAUCCACCCCAGUUACUUGCUGAAUGUGGUGGACAAUGAGGAGCUGAUUAAAUCGUCCGAGGCUUGCCGAGACCUGGUCAACGAGGCCAAGCGGUACCACAUGCUGCCUCACGCACGGCAGGAGAUGCAGACACCCAGGACGCGGCCCAGACUCUCUGCAGGUGUAGCAGAGGUGAUCGUGUUGGUUGGAGGAAGGCAGGCGAUUGGUAUGAACCAGCGCUCCCUGACGGCCGUCACCUGCUUCAACCCGCAGAACAGCAAAUGGUAUCCUCUGGCCAGCCUCCCGUUCUACGACCGCGAAUUCUUCAGCGUCAUCUCCGCCGGGGACAAUAUUUAUCUGUCAGGUGGUACAGAGUCAGGGGUGACAGUGGCAGAUGUGUGGUGCUACAUGUCACUUCUGGACAACUGGAACCUGGUGUCCCGGAUGACUGUCUCUCGCUGCAGGCACAACAGCUUGGUGUACGAUGGGAAACUCUACACUAUUGGAGGACUCGGGGUGGCUGGAAACUUGGACCAUGUGGAAAGGUACGACACCAUCACAAAUCAGUGGGAGACGGUGUCGCCGCUGCCCAAGCCUGUUCAUUCGGCAGCUGCCACCGUAUGCGGAGGGAAGAUCUACGUAUUCGGUGGAGUGAACGAGGCCGGACGCUCAGCUGGUGUUCUGCAGUCUUACGUCCCGCAGACCAACACCUGGAGCUUUAUAGAGUCCCCCAUGAUCGAUAACAAGUACGCUCCCGCUGUGAGCCUCAAUGGUUUUAUCUUCAUCCUGGGAGGAGCCUACGCCCGAGCCACCACUAUCUACGACCCAGACAAGGGCAACAUCAAAGCCGGCCCCAACAUGAAUCACUCCAGGCAGUUCUGCAGCGCGGCGAUCCUAGACGGGAAGAUCUAUGCAACGGGAGGGAUUGUGAGCAGCGAGGGACCAGCGCUGGGCAACAUGGAGACCUUCGACUCUUGCACGAACACGUGGACGCUGCUGCAGAAUCUGCCGUGUCCACUUUUCAGACACGGAUGCGUGGUUAUAAAAAAGUACAUUCAGAGUGGCUGAGGAUGAGUUUGACUCUGGACUUCUCUAAUGUCACGAACUGGCCUAAACCAACCCAUCGAGCUCCAGCCAGCCAACCUGGGUGGAACGCGGUCGGACCAUCGUGGUCAAGAUUUAGCAAUGGAUCCGUAGCGUAGCUCCCCCUCAGGUGUCGUGCCAUUGGAACGGCAUUCUUGGUCAGCCAAAUGCAAUUUAUUUUUUUUAUUCCCCCUCCAGUGUUUGAGUUGAUGUUCCUCUCCCACAUCAUGUUUCUUUGAGAAGGUUUCCGUCACAUCUCGUUUUUCAUUGGUAGUCAUGUCGUGAGAUGAGAAAAUGGGAUUGUGUGUCGUAUAUAAAGAUCAGUUGCAUCGUGAAAGGACUUCAGCAAGAAGCUAAAGGAUGUCGACGCUGGUCAUGUAGCCCUCCAGCGAGGGUCAGCGUUACAGAGAGAUGGGAUAGAACGAAGGCCCUCCUGAACUCCAAAGCACAAAAUACCAGAACCUGUGAUGCCCAGAGGAGUUUCAUUUCAUUUUGUUCUGUGUAAAUCAUUCCACCUUUUCUUUGUGGGUUUUUAAACCUCGUGUUUUAUUCCAAUCCACGAGCCUGCAGCCAUGGCGGAAUACAGAUGGAGCAAGAUGGAAGAAGAAACUUUGUAUUAUAGGGAAGAUAUGUAUAUUUUAAAAACCAAUGAAAAUUGUGUAUAAAUGUUUUUAGGAAAAUUCAAUGGAUUGGACAAUGUCUGUAAAUCUGUACCCUACCGGAACAAUUUACGUUAUUAAUGCUGAAAUACAUAUCCAGAAUUCUAAAGAAACAAAUUGACUGGUCAUUUACGCAUCACUCAUUUACAUAGGAAUUUACUUAACUUUGUCUUUUGUGGCUAACUGAUAAGGAUUUUUAAAACUUUUACAGAGCAUGCACUUAUGAAGAGCAAUUUCUUACUGAUUAAAUGUCAAUUUAUAAUA